CAGCUCCAUGAGACUGUGAAAAGAAAGCUGGAUAGUGCUGCUUCCCCUCAGAAUGGAGACCAGCAGAAUGGCUAUGGUGAUGUGUUUUCUGUGUCCAAGAAACCUCGUCGUGAGGAUGGUCUUGGAGUGGGUGGUUCUUCCAACGGAAUGCCCCCUGUGUCUCCACUCCAUCACCUUGACAAGAAAUCUGCCAAUGGAGAUACCUUGCAGCUGAACGGGAAGCAUCCCAUGGGGCUGGAUGGCAUCAGCAAGAAGUGUCUUCCAGAUUCCAGCCUGCAGAUGAAUGGAGGUGGUGAUGCUGAUGACUCAUUUCCUCUGAGUUUGAACAAAGAGAUGAAGCAGGAGCCUGUAGAUGAUGAUCUUCCAUGUGUGAUUGCUGGAACAGGGACAUCUAUAUCUCAGAAUAACUUGAUGCCUGAUCUUAAUCUAAAUGAGCAAGAAUGGAAGGAACUUAUUGAGGAGCUUAAUAGAUCAGUGCCCGAUGAAGACAUGAAGGAUCUCUUUAACGAAGACUUCGAAGAGAAAAAAGAUGCAGAUUCUUCAAAUUCAGCUGCACAGACUCCAUUGCCACAAGAUAUUAACAUAAAGACUGAGUUUUCCCCAGCACCCUUUGAGCAAGAGCAGCUGGGAUCUCCCCAGGUUAGAUCCACUUCUUCAGGUUCAGCAUUUAUUAGUGCUGCUUCAGUACCUGUGAGCACUGCUUCUCCAGCAGUUGGUAGUUCUCAGGCUAUGUUCCAGCCUUCCAGUCAGUCAAUGACUGAAAAUUCUAAUCAGCCCAUGAUGCAGGCAUCAAACCACUCUCAGAACGUCCAGAGGCCUCUCCCCAGUGUGUUGUUACCUGGGAAGGGUGCAGUAAGUGCCAAAGAAAUGUCUUCUGCUCAUCAACUUCAGCAGAUUGCUGCCAAGCAGAAGAGAGAUCAGAUGUUGCAGAACCAGCAACAAGCAUCACAAGUCCACCAAACAAAUCAGAUGUCUACAUGGCAACAGUCUGGGCCUUCUCAUAGUCCACUGGCUGUCCCCUAUACCAUGGAAAAUCCCACUAGCCCAUCAGUUUAUCCGCCAGACUUUGGCAAUCAGAAACUCAUGAUGCCUAACAUGGGAAAUAAAAGCUCACCGAGAGCUGGAGGCAAUUACCAUGUGAACAUUUUGGGUCAUCAGCAAAACAGCUUGAACCAGAACCCUGUGAACAGUCAAGGUUCUAUGCUAGACUAUGGGAACACCAAACCCCUUUCACAUUACAAAGCAGAAUGUGAGCCGGGGGUCACAGUGCCAGGGCAGAGCAAGACUCCCAUGCUGGCAUACAUCCAGCAGCGCCAGCAGCCACCGCUGUCCCAUGUGAGUGAUGACCAAAACGGGAUGAUCCUGUUGAAACCCAAGUCUGGAAACAUUGCCUACAGACUGCCACACGGUCAGGAUCAAAACCCUUCUACUAACGUUCCUCGCGUUCCAGUUUCUGUUCCGGGCCCUGGUGUGGGUGCCCAGGCUCCAAACGUCUCCAUGGCAGGUAACCACAGCAGCUCAGCUUAUCUCAGCAAUCAGCAGCAAGCAGCAGUGAUGAAGCAACAUCAAAUGCUGAUGGACCAGCAGAAGCAGAGAGAGCAGCAACAAAAGCACCUGCUCAUGGAGCAACAAAAGCAGCAAUUCCUAAUGGAACAGAGGCAGCAGCAUCUGCUGGCAGAACAGGAGAAGCAGCGGCAGCAGCAGGAGCAGCAGCUGCAGCGACACCUGACUCGGCCUCCUCCCCAGUACCAGGACCAGCCACAGAAUCCUUACCAGCAGCAGGUUGGGCAGUUCACAGGGUCAUCUCCAGCCAUGCCUGGGGUCAGUAACUUGGGACAGUCCAGCUCCAGUAGUCCACGGAUGUUUCCUCAGACCCAGAACAUGAUUCAGAUGGGACCUGGGCACACUCCUGUUCCUCCACUCCAGUCGGGCUCCAGCCAGCAGGACCGAGGGGUGACUCAGUACAGCAAUCUGCAGAACAUGCAGCGUGGGGGAUUGUACAGCCUGGCACCUGGCAUGGCACAGAUGGUUCCCCAGCACGCGGCGCCGAGUGCCAACGGACAGCCAGCCAUGCAGAGACAAGGCAGCUUGGGUCAGGGUGCUGCUGUUCCUGCUGGCUAUGGGCAGAACACCUUAGCAAACUCAAGUAUUUCUCAGCAGCACAACAAAGGUGCACUGAAUCCAACCUUAUCUAAGCCACAGAUGGCAAGAGUGCCAGCUGCUAUGGGGGCUCAAAAUCCAUCUUGGCAACACCAAGGUAUCCCUAAUAUUAACAACCAGACGCAAGCAAACAGUGGCUUAGGACCAUUUACUGCCAACUCCUCUUUCCACAUGCAGCAAACACAUCUAAAGAUGGCCAACCAGCAGUUUGCCCAAGGAAUGCCUCAGGUAAGCCUAAGCACCAGCAGGCCCAUGACCUCCAUGAAUGCUGCUGUCUCUGGGCAGAUGUUGUCCUCAUCUUUAGGUGCACAGCAGCGGACAAACCCACCCACACAGCAGCAGGUACCCUCACAGCAAGUCUUGCCUGGCAUGAACCAAACUGUUCCAGAUCUGAAUGCUUUCAACCAGAAUCCAAAUCAGCAAAUGCCCAACAGAGGUAACCUGCACUGUAGCCAAGGGUACCCUGUGAGGACGACCAGCCAGGAACUGCCUUUCGCCUACAGCAGCCAGUCGGGCAAUAAUGGACUUCAGAACUUAACUGGUGACACAGAUCUGAUAGACUCUUUGCUGAAAAACAGGACUUCAGAGGAGUGGAUGAACGAUCUAGACGAGUUGUUAGGAACUCAUUAA